AUGAACUCCAAGAAGGACCGUAUUCCCGCCCGACAAAUCUCUCGCUCCGUUUCUCGUGAAAUACGCCGCGUGCCUCGUGUGUCGGACUCCCUCCGUGUGUUAGAGGAUUCGUGCGACGAAGGUAGUUUCGAGUCCUUUGAUGCCACUCACUAUGCACUUCAAACUCUCAACAAGCACAUCGAACGAAGGCUCGCAAAGCUGCAAGCCAAUACAAUCCGCCUGAAGCGUGAACUGUGGCUGCUCCAGCGACACAUCAAAGAGUUUCGCCAUCCUCUUUUCGAGAACUGGGAAGCCGACAUGCUCACCCGUCUUAUCGAGGUUGCUCACGCCCAUCAGCACAAGAAGCUACCGGGUGGCGUCGUGAUCGGAGAAUUCUCAUUUGCCGAACGCGAAAAUCUCAAUCAUGCAUACAGCAUCGCGGCAAAGGCAAUCCGGAUGCCGACUCUUCGUAAACUGGGUCUGUCGGAGAAGUAUCAUCAGGCUCUGCAACGGUACUCAGAGGUUGCUCCCUAUCGAAGCCCAAAUCCCUUCCAGACCGAGUUUGCAUUCGCCAAAUGGCUGAUCGAGGUGCGGGACGACAGACCGGAACUGUAUGGAUUCUGGUCUAAGCUUUUCCCCGUCUGCUAUGACCGCAGUGUCCAGGAGAGCGCCUCCAUCUUCUAG